GCUUGAAGGUUUAGACUGUCAUGAAAGGAGAAAAUUGUUUAUAACGUGGAUUGUUUUCGAUCAUUUUGAAUCACAACCACAGCUUUCUUCUGUGAGAGGGGGGGCAGUUUGUUUAAAUGCUGCAGUGGACAUGGACUUUGCUGGAAAUUCUCCAGAACGCUUCUUGAACUUCUCAUUGAAGCUUAAGCCACAACGCUGUCUCUCCAUUAAUCUAUAGGGAGACAUCACCGUUGCACAGCAACCCCUGAGAAAUACACCUCCACAUCACCUGAUAGAAUCUCCAUCCACGGGCGAAAAUUUGGAGACACCAAAUCCCACAUGUUGCUUAUAUCAGACAAGCAAUAUAUAUUUAUAUGACAAUAUAAACCCAUUGGAUCAUCCAGAAUUGCUGUUUCUAUGGAGCGAUAACUGGGCGUCACUCACAAGAGCGAGUAGUGGUUAGAGGGCUGCCUGUUGUGAUUUAAUGUAGUAAAGCAGAGCAAAAAAUACAGAAAUUUAACCUUUUUAAAGCAAAUGAACACAAACAACAUUUAUUCCAUGACGGAUAUCUGCUUUGUUGUUGGAGGUGUUGCUGGAUGGAAAAACAAUUCUAAGACACAACCAGCAUUUAAUUACAUUUUACUCUCUCGUUAGAGUUUCUAUUUCACCGUAGUCCCUUUUCCUUCCCAGAGAUCAUUCUGGCCGGGCCUGUUUCUUCUAAAGGAGAGGAGGACUUCCUCUCUAUCGCUGCCUCACGCCUCAGCCGCAGGAAGCGCGUUAUUGGCGCGGCAGUGGGCGUGGCCAUGGUGCUGGUGCUGCUGGUCACUAUUCCACUAUUGGUCCAUAGCACCAAACUGGGUGGUUCUGGUGGUGGAGGUACACAUUAUGAAAUGCUUGGCAGCUGCAAGAUGGUCUGUGACUCUUUAACACCCACCAAUGAACUAACACCUGUUUCACCUCCUCCUCACGACAUCCCUGGACGCAAAGGAGGAGCCAAGUCGGGGUUUCGUGGAAACCAAGGCCUACCAGGUCCCCCCGGUCCACGUGGGCCACCUGGUGAACCAGGAAAACCAGGUCCACCUGGACCUCCAGGUCCAGGCCCUGGGGGAUACAUUCCAUCCUUCUACAGCCCCAAAAUCGCCUUCUAUGCUGGUCUGCGCAAGCAACAUGAGGGGACCGAGGUACUCAAGUUUGAUGAUGUGGUGACAAAUGUAGGGAAUUACUAUGAGCCUACCACAGGCAAGUUCACCUGCCCUCUUCCUGGAAUCUACUUCUUCACCUAUCACGUGCUCAUGAGGGGCGGAGAUGGAACAAGCAUGUGGGCCGACCUAAAAAAAAAUGGACAGGUGAGGGCCAGUGCGAUCGCACAGGACGCAGAUCAGAAUUAUGACUACGCCUCUAACAGUGUGAUCCUGCAUUUAGAUGUAGGGGAUGAGGUCUGUGUGCAGCUCGAUGGAGGGAAAGUGCACGGAGGAAACACCAACAAAUACAGCACGUUCAGCGGCUUUCUCAUCUACCCUGACUAGCAAACACAACAAACAUACUGUUCAAAAACAAAGAUACAAGAUCACUUAUUUAAUGCCAGUGAAUAAGCAACAUAUAAUAAUGAGGCAACAUGAUAUAGCAUCAAGACUCAUUUCAAUUGUAUUUAGAGGAUACUUUCUGAUUUCAAAGUCAACAACACUGACGCAUUUGACUUUAUUAUUUGAUGCAAUUCCAGUUUUUUUUAAAGGUAAAGAUUCAUUGGCAGUUGGGUUGAUUUGUAAAACAAAAGUUGUCUCAGGGGCAUCUAAAUUAUAUCUUAAUUCAAAACAUUAAGUUAAGUUU